AUGAUGUGGGGUACUAAUCCGACCAGAAUCUCGAGGGCAGACUUGCAAAGCGAGGCCGAAAGCUCAGACGGUGAAGCUAUUUAUUCAGCACCCAUGAUGGAUUUCGAGUUCGUGGAAGUCAACAGGAAAAAUGACACUCAGGAUAGUAUACAAGAAGAUAGUAAAGACUCCAAAAUAGAAGCUGAGUUAGAGGAAGAGUUUGACUUCCCAAUGUUCUCGAUUGCGGCUGAUUUCACAACUGACGAUAGGACAAAGAUCCCACAGGUGAUGAGAAUCUCUCUUAAAGAGCAAGAGGAUGAGCCUGAGGUUAUACAAGAAAGGUCCAGGGAUUUUUAUUUUUGGAGCCCAUCUGAAAGCGACAAACACAGUUUCAUAGCCUGUGCUGUGGAGGGAGAAGCCAUUUUGCAGAAUUGCCGAGGAUACAAAAACAGUGAUUACAAUGUGAUUGAUCUGGCCAAACACAACUAUGAGGUCGAAAAGUAUAUGCUUGGACACAAGAAAAAGGAUCUGCGGCGACCAGGAAAGAAAGCUAGAGUUGCCAUCAUACUCCGUCGCCAAAGGCAGAAACAACUACGAAAAGAAGGACCGUAUAAGCCAGAGAAAGGAUAUCACACCCGAGAGCCUAUCAAAAUCAAAUUUGGCAGUGAAACCAAGAAGAAGACGAGGAGGGGAGGGAAAAGGCACAAGAACGCUGACAGCGAGCAUGCCAAAACCGAAUGA